ACAAUUGUCAAAAACUGAUACCGUUCUGGCAGAAGAAGCGAACAUGGCACCGGUGAAAGCUGCAGCUCUCGAGGACCAUUCGACGAAGAAGAGGGAGGUUCAUCCUGGAAAUGUUCAGGCAUCCAAAGAGAUGAAAAAGGCAGAGGCUCCACAGACAGUUCAAUUGAAACCUCCUGCUGCUUUGGAGGAUUAUCUGGCGAAGAAGAGGGAGGCUCUUUUGCAUGCUCGGGCGCUUCGGCAAGCAAAGAAAUUCGAGACAGAGCAACAUGGACGAGCCACGCGGAAGUAUCAGUGGGGAGGGGUCCCCGUCGGCGGCGUGGAGGUUGAUUACAAGUGGGGGAAACCAGAUGGCAGUCCGUGUUCACGGCCGUUGUGGAAGGAAAGUGAAAUGUCUGAAGAUCUGUCUUUGCCAUUGAUGACUACGAGCAGAAAUCCAAAGAUAAGGAGGAAAGCACCGCUUGACACCAACUUGCAUCGCGCUCAAACAGCUGCAAGAACAAAACAGGUGGCAGAGGGAGUGUCUAUGUCCUCAACUCCUGCUCCAAGCGAGCAUGGCCUGUACUCAGGUGAUGGCGAUGGUGUGUCCGAUGGUGAAAGCAUUACAUCUCCCAAUGAUGAUGACCGGGACUUGCCCGUUGUCGCCAAGUCCACCUCUCCCUCUCCUGAGCAUGCCUGUGAAGCUGGCGGUGGAAAAGCCAGCAGUGUUGGAGCCAAGGAGUUAAAGGACGACGGACCUGUGGCCCAGCAGAGAGACGGUAAAAAAGGUAAUCUGUCUCAAUCAGAUCGACAAAGGACAUCUCACAAAACUCCGGCCGACCAGAACUCAGGAGUGUCUUCAGCAAACCAGUUCCAUGGCUCUUCUUUAGACUCCCGGGUGCGUUUGCCGUCUGACCAGCACUCUAGUGCGAAAAGAGAUGUUGCCGUUGCGGGUGGCCCCAUUUCUGCCGCUCAUCCUCACAGGCGGCGUGAAGGUAUUCAGCCGGGCAGAGAGACACAGGACACAUCACUAAAAGCGAGUGCACAGCAGCUGGACACCACACCAUCUUCCCUUUUCAUGAGGGAGACUAUGGCUUCUGCCGCCAAAAAGAAAGCAAGGCCUGUUUGCCCUCUCUCUAAGAGCCAGAACUGUGGGAAGUCGACAGCGGACAGAACGGCUACACCCUCCAGCAGCAUGACUGCUGUCAGUGCAAACGAGUUGGGAGACGGUCGCCAUGGCCGGACUGUAACGGGGCCAUUACAUGUACCCGCUCAUGAUGAAACAGCCCAUGGUAGACUGGGGAGAUCCGCAAUCUCUGUGGAGGAUACUGCGAAGAGGGAUGGGAAAAAGAAGUCUCCUGUCACAGAUCAGUCAAUGAAGAGGAAAUGUGCAGCUGGCUGUGUGGAGAGGGAAUCUGCGCAGAAGAAAAGUGGUCCAGGCAAUCGGUCGGAGGAAAAAGCCGCCCCAUCGGUCAUAAGGGCUCAGCAGACGGGGGGUGGUGAUGGACAUGUGCAACCCCAAGAGAGGGGUGGAGACAAAAGCAAAUGUGCAAACAAUUUGAAGGCGCAAGUGGGCGAGGGAGGAGGAAAUGGUGGCGACGAAGGGGUUUGUAGGACAGGCAAGGGUAACGUGGAGGAAGAGGAGGAUAGAGUAGAGGGGGUGAAUAAUAAGGUUAUAAUGAACGAAAACAAACGACAGGCCAUCGGGGUCUUGGCAUCAGGGGAUCGAUGUGCUGAAGGUGAUUCAUUUGCGACCCAGCCGACAACUGCGUCCUCCAGUGUUGAUAGCUGCAAUGCAACAAGAGAGAAUGGGGAUGAACAGGUAACGGAGCCCACGGGAACCGAAAUAAUGUCUACAACCGAAGGACCUGGGGUACUGACAUGCAACGGAGAGGGAGGAGGAAGUGAUAUUGAAGAGGAAGGCAGGACCAUGGCAACUGGGGUGAGCAGUGAUCAAGUACGAGAGACUUCUAUGAGGGAGGAUGACGAGGGUUACGAGAAAUGGAGGCAGGUCGAUGGGAAGAAGGAUGCAAAGAGCACAUCAACAAUAACAGCAACCGGAAGCAGUGAGGCGAUUCAUGUGGGUGAAGGGAUAGAGAGGUCUGUAGGGUUGGGUGACCAAGUUACUGACGGUGAUGGGAUGUGUGAAAUAGAGAGGCGAGCAGGCGAGGAAAAGUCAGAGACUGAGAAUAAACAGGAUGCAAAUCUCUUGCCACCACCUCCACCCCCAGGACCUCCUCCUCCACCACCUGUUAUCUGCCGUAAGCCUCUGAUUGUGAAACCAACACCGAGGUGUCCUCCUCCUCCUCCUCCUCUUCCUCCUCCUCCUCCUCCUCCUCGUCCUCGGCAACCGCCUCCGCCACCACCACCACCUCCAGCCAAACUUCCUAUUUCUCAUCCAUGUCCGGUUCAGGACCCAGCACCACCAGAGCCUGCUUCGCAGCCUCUGUCUCCAACCUCUCCACCUCUUGGUCCGGAUCUGCCUGCAUGUCAUAGUCCAUCACCGAAUGCAGUUCAGAUCCCAGCAUCCGAGCCCGCUGCGUCUCCUCUGCCUCAGAACCUACCGUCGGAGCCUGGUUCGCCUUGUCUGCCUAAGAACCAACCAUCAGAGCCUGCUUUGCCUGCUCUGCCUCAGGACCUACCUCCAGAGCCUGCUUCGCUUUCUUUGCCUCCUUCGCCUUCGCCUCUUGGUUUGGAUCUGCAUGUACGUCAGAGUCCAUCACCGGAGCCUCCCUCCAUAUGCACUCCUCCUCUUCCGUCUCCGCUUCUUGUUCCAGCUGCGGUGUCGGUGCCCCCUUCCCCUCUUGCACAUGUUCGCCAUCCGCGUGUCAUUGUGAAUGUAAGGAAGGUAGGGCAGCGGUAUGAUGAUGACGAGUUAAAUUCAGACGGUAUCAACGAGGUUGUGAAAAUGGUGAUCACGAUUGGGACAAGGGAUGAUGGCGAAAGGCAUAUGAAAAGGUCAGAGUGGAGCUCAAGGGGUGGUGAUCUUCAGAGGGCUGAAAGAAAGGAGGCAGUGGCAAAGAAAUCAAGGACGUCGACGGAAAUGGGCGGAAGAAAAGGCAUUGCAGUGGUGGAUGAAGUGAGGAGAAGAGAGCCUGCUGCUGCCUGUGAGCUGGUAGAGAUCGAGGACACAAGAGUAGGUGAUAACCCUCAGGAAGAAAGCAAAAGAGGAGGUGUUCUGGAUCAUCGUACCAACGUAGAAGAAGCUGAUCACCGCAAAGACAGCCAAGGAGUUCUGCCGGAGGCAGAGGAGAAGGUUUGUGAGACAGGAGUAGAUGUCAGCAAGACGAGCUUACCACCCAAGACAUCGGUGAGACGGCAGCCCGCCGAGGCUGUGGGAGGGGAGGAAAAAUGGGAAGGCGCAGUGGCUACUUUCCAAAGGAGCUUCCAGAAAUGGGAGGCUUUUACAAAGCCACCAAAAGGCGCACCGGCGAAACAUUCUGCUCGUAAGGUCCGUCCUAGCAAUGAAGCAGCAACCAAAGUAGACAAGGUCGACCAUGCGAUUCUCACCAGUUCCGUUGGCAGCGCUGUUGGGUCUGAGGGCUCAGUUACCGGGACCGAAUCGGAAUCUCCUGAGGUUGAAAAUGUGGACCAGAGAGAGAUUGCAUCUUCAGAAGCAGAGCCAGAGAGGAGGCUGCUUGUCCCCACGACCGAUGACGCCAUUACUACGGCCACUAAGGACACAGGCUCGGCGGAAAUGUCUGAGGAAAAGUGGGAGGAGGCGAGCAACCAGGGAGAGCUGGAAGGACAGCACCUGCCACUGCCUGAUGGCGUGUCAGGGCCUGAGACAUUCAUUCACUGCCCAGAAUGUAACCGGAAGUUCAAACAUGGUGCCUUCUCGCGACACGUGUUCUUUUGCAACAAGUCUGGUGCUACGACGCGUGCGGCGGCAACAAGGUCACCAAUAUGUACGCGCUCGGGUCGUGAAGAGUCCAGCCAGUUUCCCCGAAGCAAUGUCAGACGGUGCUGAUGGACGGAUCGUUGCCCUGUGAACUCAUGCACAGGGCCAACUGCACAGGAUCACGUGUGCUCUGAUUACCUAUGCUUGGAGAGCCCACAACGAACGAGUCUGAAUGUUGACAAAAUGAUGAUGUCGGACUUGGUUCCGAAGAUUUUGGUCAGUGUUGAUGGUUGUGGGGAUUCUGAGGGGAAGGAGAUAGAACCUCCUAAUUUUUUGUCACUAUCAUCCGCUGGGAUAAAACUGCUGUGAAGAG